AUGGCUGGCCUACCGCCCAACUACAACUUCACCAAUCAAUACGACCCGCAGCUUCAGGCUUCAAUAUCGCAGAUGCAGCAGCAUCAACAGCAACAGCUGCAGCACCAGCAGCAACAACAACUCCAACAGCCGCUAUUCCAGCACUCGCAGACUCAGCUGCAGCAUAUCCAACAGCAGCAGCUUCAGCAGCAGCAGACGUACCAGCAACAGCAAACCCAGCUAAUACAGCAGCUACACCAAGAAGCGCGAGAUCGGCGCGAGAGGAUUCGCAGCAAGCCCUUUCCCACCAACGUGACUCAAUCGGUGCGUGACCGCCAAGCGCGUGGCAAGGACGUCUACAGGAGCAGCGAGGACGAGAAGACGGACGAUGAGGAAGACGGCGGCCAUGAGGAAGAUGAACGACGCCAGCACCAGGAGAGACAGCCUAUCUUGAGAAAAGGCAAUCGUAACAGUCUCGACAGCGUCCUUGAUGGCGAAUCUGAUGAUGGCAUUGAGGGAAGAGACACCGACAAUGAAGCUGAUAUCCUGCGGUGUUGCAGAGCAGAGGGUUUUGAGACUCGCCAGCGGAGGGCGUUUGCCGCGUCGGUGUUGGAUCGUCCGGAGCAGCUGAUGAUGUAUGCCCAGAGCGAACACGACAGCAUGGCUGGCCAGCGUCAUCGCUUCAUGACUAUAAUGUGUGGUUACGAGGACGAUGACUACUGGUCCAACGUUGGGCACCACCGGGCGGUGACCAGGGCGGCGCGGGAGAGACAGGCGAAUAUGCGAAAGGCUAUGAACAUUAAUCGCAGGACGGCCUAAUGAAGAGGACAUCCUUGUUUAAUUGAGGGGGUCUAUUUAUGGGCUUUCUUUUUAACUUCUGUUUCGAGGGGUUUCAUUCUCAGCGGAUUACGGCACACUCUUGGAAGAUACUAUUUUGACGACUCUCAUGAUGAUUUUUUUUUUUUUUUUGACUUAUUCCAUAUCAGCAGAUUGAAAUGAAAGAUAUAUAAUAUAUAUACUCAACAUAUAUUGUCAUCAACUCGAUACACGUAGAAGUAUUGCAAAGCAAAAUAUUAUACAUAGUCAAAAAGAGAAAAAGAAGUUGAAAUUCCAAACGUUGCAACGAUGGGUAUGUGUAAGUGUGAGCGUAUAAGUGUUCGUGAGCGUGCGUGUGUACCAAUUAUAUAUCCCAAAGACAAAUGUUUCCCUCCUCUUUCAUGAAUCAUCAAUAGAAUAUUCCCAUCCUCCCAUAAUAAAAAAACGCCCCGAGUAUGUGCAAAUGUUUCCAAGUAUAUAAAUCCAACCCUCCCCAUUUUUCAAAUCCCUAAAGAGAGUGAUUGUGUGCUAUCCCAAACGGUUUCCAUCUCUUCCAAAGGAAAACAUGUCUCUCCCAAAAAGGAAAAAAAAAAAAAGCACAGAUAACAAGAAUUGCAAUCAACAAAAAAACAACUGUUUAUCAGCGAUGGAAACAUCCACUCAUGCAUACCGCGCCAUUCUCGGCCUCCACUGCGGCUCCUGAAUCGGGGGCUGUCCAUAUCCAGGCGGCGGCGGCGGCUGCUGAUACGCCGGUGGCGGUGGAUUAAACUGCGUCUCGGUCAUAUUAUAAUCUUGCGGCCCAGGUCCUUGGUUCUGGUUCCCUCUCCACUGAGGCCAUCCGCCGCCAACGGGGGGCGAGGAGGUCUUGGGAACUGCUCGUCGUCGCUUUACCCGGCGCC